AAGUUUCAGCUUUUUUAAGAAAGAUGGUGCUAUUAGUUAAGUGUUAAAUUAAAAGAUAUAUAGUGCGUAUAUAUUAUAAUGCGUAUAAAUAAUUUUAUGUUUUGUUUGAUAAAUUAAUCUAUUCAAACAUGAAUUCUUUUCUUGAUAUGUACAGAAUUAUUGUUUAGUUAAUUUUAUUAUAACAUCGAAUAUAAUAUUGAUGUAACAUGGAAGAAUUAAUAAAGUUUGACAUCAAAGAGGUUAAAACUGAUCUUUUACGCGCGAUAAACGAAUGUUCCCAACGCGGAUUAUUACAUACUACAAAAUGGCUAGCAGAAUUAAGUUAUUCUCUAAAAGAUGUUAAAUUAAACAUUCAUGAUAUUACCGCCGAUUUAUAUUUAUCGGAUACAAGCGAUGAGGAGGAUACAUAUAUUUUAGCAAAAACGUAUUUUGAUUUAAAAGAAUAUGAUAGAGCAGCUUAUUUUACUGAGCAAUGCAAAACUCCAAAAGUUCGAUUUUUACAUUUAUAUUCUCGCUAUUUAUCUGGAGAAAAGAAAAAAAUAGAUGAUAUGACAGUAGUUCCUCCAGAUCCUUUAAAAAAUGAAAGUUUAAGAUUAUUAUGUGCUGAUUUGAGAAAAGAUCACUUGGCAGAUAAACUUGAUGGAUUUGGUCUUUAUCUUUUCGGUGUAACAUUAAAAAAAUUGCAACUUACCAAAGAAGCUACAGAUGUAUUGGUUGAAGCAACUCAUAAGCAGCCUAUGCAUUGGGGAUCUUGGCUAGAAUUAGCUUCUUUAAUUACUGAUAGAGAAAAGCUUGAAAGUUUAUGCUUAUCUAAUCAUUGGAUGAAGCAUUUUUUUAUGGCUCAUAUGUAUUUAGAGUUGCAAUUAAUAGAUGAAGGUUUAGCGUUAUAUUGUGAAUUACAAUCAAUGGGAUUUGAAAAGAAUGGUUAUGUACUUGCUCAAACUGCUAUUGCUGUGCACUAUAGAAGAGAUGUUGAUAAUGCUAUAGAAACAUUUAAAACAAUAAUAAAGGAAGAUCCUUAUUGUUUAGAUAAUAUGGAUACAUAUUCUAAUUUGCUUUAUGUAAAAGAAAUGAAAGUUGAAUUAGCAUAUUUAGCACACAGAGCAACAGAAAUAGAUAAAUAUAGAUUAGAAACAUGUUGUAUAGUAGGAAAUUAUUAUAGUUUAAGAGGAGAUCAUCAAAAAGCAGUAAUGUAUUUUCAUAGAGCAUUGAAAUUAAAUCCACAAUAUCUUUCUGCUUGGACAUUACUUGGUCACGAAUUCAUGGAAAUGAAAAAUACCAAUGGCGCUAUUCAUAGUUAUAGACAAGCUAUCGAGGUUAAUAAACGGGAUUAUAGAGCAUGGUAUGGUUUGGGUCAAACAUAUGAAAUCUUAAAAAUGCCGUUUUACGCAUUAUAUUAUUACAAACAAGCUCAGCUUCUAAGACCACAUGAUAGUAGAAUGGUAUUAGCUUUAGGAGAAGCAUAUGAAAAACAAAAUAAAAUACAAGAUGCAUUGAAAUGUUAUUAUAAAGCAUGUAAUGUUGGUGACAUUGAAGGGAUGGCAUUAUUAAAAUUAGCUACGUUAUAUGAAAAAUUAGGUGAACAUGAUCAUGCAGCAGCCGCUUAUACUGAUUUUGUGAUGGAUGAAUUUAGAAAUGCAGAUAGAACUGAUUUAAGUCAUGCAUAUAAGUAUUUAACACAAUAUCAUUUAAAGCGAGAGCAAUUAGAUUAUGCUAAUCAUUAUGCUCAAAAAUGUUUGCAAUUUGAUGAAACAAAAGAAGAAGCUAAAGCAUUGUUAAGAACGAUUGCUCAAAAAAGAGGAAAAUUUGAACAUUCAAUGGUGAUAGAAGAUAUGAAUGAAACAGACCCAGUUAUUGAACAAGGAGAAAGACCAGAUGUUACAUCAGGAAGUCAAUUAUCGCCAAUGAAUUUAUCAUUUAUGCCUACGCCAUAAAAUACUGAAGAAAAUAUCUUAAUCCUCUAAAUUUUGCUUUAUAUAUUUUGUACAUAUUUUUAAUAAAUAUUUUUAACAUUAAA